CCUCCAUUAUCAAUCAUCCCCUUUUAGAGAUUGAGAGGAAAGGAAAAGAGGGCAAAAUGGGUAAACGAAAAAUUGAGAUCGAGAGAAUUGAGAACACAAAUAGUAGGCAAGUUACUUUUUCUAAAAGGAGGCAAGGGUUAAUAAGGAAAGCUAAUGCAUUAGCUAUUCUAUGUGAUGUUGAGGUAGGCAUUAUUGUUUUCUCAACAACCGGAAAACUAUAUGAAUUUGCUAGUUCCAGCAUGGAACACAUUUUGGCAAGGUACAAUAGGGCUUCAGAAUCAAUCGAAGAUGUUGAUGCAGAGCCUGAAGUGAAUGCUUUUCGAGCUGAAAUUGUAAUGCUACGUCAUUUGCAACGUCGGAUAAUGAGGAUGGAACUUGAAGGCUUGAACUUCAAAGAGUUGCAGCUAGUGGAGCAUCAGUUAACUGAAUGCAUUUUAGCUGUGAAUAAGACAAAGGAACAAGCACUAUUGGAGAAACUUGAAAAAUCAUUGCUGCAGACGGAAAAGGUUAUGGUAGAAAAUGCAGCCAUGCGUGAAGAAAUUGAGGAACUGAAACGCAGCUCAAGGAUUAAUCAUGAGAGUGUUUUGGUUCUGAAGAAUUCAGUUGGUGAUUCAGACGCUUGCGUUUAGGGAAACCAGUUGAUACAAGUGAGAAGAUGAUAACACCCAAAGUGGGAAAUGAUGCUCAAAAUCCAAUACUAUUGGAGUAAUAAUAUCUUGCAUAAGAAGAUAUUUCUUUAUCACAAUUUGAAAUUAAGACUCUCUUUAGUUUUUACAUUAUAUUUAUGUUUGCUUAGCUUAGAUUUAGCUAAGUUUUUAUCAAGUCAAAAGAUGAUUUUUGUUUUAUUUUUCACCAUAUUUCUUCUCUUAUGCUAAGUCAAUUUAUGACUACAUCUUAUUGUUGAAGCUGGUAUU